CUUUUUUUUUCUCUCUCUCACUUUUUCUUUUUUUUUAUAUUUAUUUAACUAUGUCAAAUCAUCAAAGAAGAAAUAAAAGACUUCAAAUCAAAUCGCAUGAAGCCAACAACAAACCAAAAAGAAAGAGAAUAACACCUUAUCAAUUAAGCAUACUCUCAGACUUGUUUAAAAGCACAGACACACCUAAUUAUGAAUUAAGAGAAAAUAUAGCAGAAAGGCUAAGUAUGACAAAUCGUGAAGUACAGAUUUGGUUCCAAAAUCGUCGUGCUAAAGUAAAUCGAAGCCGCAUACAAGAACAAAAGAAGCUUGAUCCUUUCAUUUAUCCCUCACACUGGACAACAACAGAACAACCACAACAAUAUUACUCAUAUCCUUCACAAACAAGCCAUGAUGAAAUAGCAUUACCAAGCCCAAUUUACAAUGAUUAUUCAGGAAAUGAUAGCCAAUCAAGCAUUACAUCUUCUUCUGAUAUUUCAACGCCUACAAUGGCUCAAUAUCCGCAUUUAUCACCUCAUAUGAAUUCAAUUGAAAUUCUUGCUCUUGCUGCGGAAUAUGUACAGAGAUGUGAUGAAGAAAAAAGACUCACUGAUGAAAGAAGAAAAUAUUUGACACAUUGAAAUUAGUUUGCUUUGUACAUAAUAAUAAUGUUGUGAAUAAUUAAAAAAGUAUAUUGGAUCUUUGCCUUUGCGAAUGC